AUAUUUUACCGAUAGCUAAUGAAACCUCGCGUUUCUAACGAUUUCGUUACACGUCUCAAUAUGGAGGGUACCGGUAAAAUUAUGAAGCUGGCACAACUGUUUUUAAUGUUGUUGUCCUUAUUAUCCUAUAUUUCGGCAAAGUAUCAGAUGAGUGAGAUUGAAAUUCAUCCAGACCCAAGUGGAGAAGGAGCAAAAAUCUUCACAGCGAAAGAAAUUAGCAAAUAUGACGGUUCAGAUCCUUCAAAACCUCUUCUUAUGGCUGUUCGUGGAGUGGUAUUUGACGUUUCAUCAGGGAAAGAUUUCUAUGGUAAAGGUGCUGGAUAUUCCAUUCUUGCUGCAAAGGAUGCAACGUAUGCACUUGCUAAAUGGUCAUUGGAGGAGAAGGACUUGCAUCAUGACCUGAGCUCCCUAACAGACAGUGAAUUGGAGGGACUUGAUAAAGUUUUCCUGGAAACAUACAAGAAAAAAUACCCAGUGAUGGGAUACAUGGACUACCUUAUUGAAGAACAUGGAAAGAAGGUGGGGGAGAGAUACCAAGGAGAGCUGUGAUGGCCUCAGUGUUGAUUGUUUAUAUAUAUAUUAAUCAGAUUGCAAUAAUGUGCUGAGGCUAUUAUGCCACUGUAAUUCACACUGGUGCCACAUGAACUUCAUGUUUUCAUUACUGUUAUUUUUAUAGAUAUAUUAUAUAUUUACAAGUUGAGUACUUCAUUUAUAUGCUCUGUAAUAUUGUUUUCAUAGUAGCUCCCCUUGUGGUGGAAUUUGGGGACAUAUAUUUUGUGAGAUGAUGAGUUCAUAAAUGAAUGCAUGUGUGCGUAUAACUUCAAUAUCAAUUACAAUUAACUACAUUCGGCUCGCAGUCAUAUUUAUGAAUAGUGGAUGUUCCUUUCUGUGGUGCUUUUGUCCAUUUGACAUCAAACAUUUUUCCAUGUCUAAAUGUUAUUUGAAAAAAUGAUGAAUCAUUAUAUUUUAUGUAUAAUUUUUAGAAUUAGUAUUGGUAUUAUUUCUUGACAUCACCAUGUUGGUAAUGAAAAAAAGAGAUUCUUCUAGCAAACAUCUUUUCUGACUAGCAUGCAAUACAUCAAUUGGAAUCAUCCAGUCUUUCAAAGGACAUAAAUUUUGUCUCCUGUGUUUAAAUCAUCAACAAUAGUUACACAUGUUUUGCAGAUUUAAAAUAUUCAGGAUUAACAAUUUCUAUUUGGUAGUUUCAACAUGUCUGACCAGGUUCUGUAGUUCACGUAUGUCCAGUCAUGUGACUAGGAAGUACAUGUAUGAUAUUACUCUUCAUGACAGUGUUAGUCGUUUGUAAGAAAGGAGACAAACACACCGAAAAAAAAAAAAGGAAAUCAGUGGAUUGCAUUACACAACAUUCCAGUUGAGAUGUUAUGUGGUAUAAUUAUGUCAAACACAUCUACUUUCUUAGAAAUGUUUAUAUCUAUUUCCAACAUAUAUUGAUACAUUAACAUAUCAAUGUAUUCUCUUUGAGAAUUAUGUAUAUGCAAUUUAAAUGAUAUUUUGUAUGGUUAUCAAAUGAUCUAUAAUGGAUCAGUAUUUGUAUUUCAAAUUACGUAGUCGAAAAAUGAUAUACAUUUUGUGUUUGUGUAAAAUUAUUUACAAUCUUAUUCUUGAUGAAAGUUAUUGCAGUUAAAGUUCAUAAUUUUGCUUGAUAUCACAUUCCAUUUGGACCAUGGUAUCUACUAUACUCAUACUCGAAAGGCACUGCAAAUGAAAUUGCCUCAAGUGUGUGGUGUCUUGUUUAAAUAAGGUUUUUCAUUGAAAAAAUUUAUUUAAGGAAAUAUUUUAAAGAAAUUUUUUUAUUAUCUACAAAAAAAUAUAUAUAUGAGAGAAAACAAACAAUAAGUUCUGAGGAAAGGCCCAUGUGAACAAUUUUAUAUGAAUAGCUGCAUGCACAUUCCAGAAUUUUUUUUAAAGAAUAAGGAUAAUAGAACAUUAGUAAAAAUUUUGAGGAAAAUCACAGAAUAGACAAAUCUUAAAAGUUAUUCAAAAGGUAACCUCUAAAAAUCAGUUUUCAAACUGGCCGAAUUUUGAAUGACGAAUGUACACUGGAAGACUAUACAUGGGUUGCAGCAUUAGUUAAAUUGUCUUUGAUCAUAUGUUUCGGUGCGCACCUUCAGUAAAUUAAACGUAACAGAUGGUGAAUACUCUGAAGCACAUACACUUACCAAUAAAACCAACGGUAAAGAAUUACUGUUACCUAGAUGUAUUAAAAUUUUAUAUUGAACUUUGUUUGAAUGUCGAAAAUAUAUCUAGAUUCUCAUAUGUACAGGCAUAAAUAUUGAGUCGGUUAAUUAUGUUGAGGAAAUGAUCUUUGCAAUUAUCAACUGUGGAUGUUUCAUGUGCCUUAACUGCAGGUAUUAUAUGCUUAUGAGAUUAUCUUCACAUUUUGAUGUGUAUUUAUCUCCAAGUGGAGGUAUCUCAGUUAUUUUGUAACCUACUGAGAUCAUCUUUGACUUUUCAAAUAUCAAAACUUAAAUGGGUUGUGUUUACUACUUAAUUCUUCAUAGUUAAUUUUAUAUUGUAGAAACUUUAUGUUAAAUCAUGUCUUCUCUUACUGUAUACAGCUUUUAAAUACGCGCUGGCUUUUCUCACAGUUUCUUUAAUGAAUUUUAUAUCCAUUCUGUAUAAUUGUCAUUGAUGGGACACAUUUACUGCAGUUUUCAUUCCAUGCUUUCAUUUCACUUUGUCCAUCUACUAUCAAUCCAAUAUCGGCGUGCCACUUCGCUUGAUCGAGCGUGCAAAUUUCACUCACUGACUGACUGUAUGUGGUUUGAUUAAAUGUGAGUUGGAUGAUCACGCUAUGCCAAUCUUUUCAAUUUCAAGUAGAAACUGUUUCAUUGAGUCUUUAAAAAGACUGGCCUACAAAUGCACGCUUCAUCAAGCAAAGUGACACGCUAUUAUUGGAUUGAUAAUAAAUUUUCGCAUUGCUCAUAUUUAUAAAGUUGCUCAAUAAAUGCCCAUUGACCAGCCGUCA